AUGCUCAAGAGUCUACGGGAAAAGUUGUGCUGUGGCAAGCCAGAUACCGCUGACGACCAUGAGCAAACCUCCCACCCUGUGGAGGUUCCCCACAAGGCAUACAGUCAGAUAGAGACCACGCCAACGCCGUCAAAUGUCAAACCCAAGGUUGCCACCGUUGGGAAUCCUGUCAAACGAGAUCUGUGGAAAGAAGCAUUCAUAAGCUUGCCCGACGACCGCAAGCGGUACUUGAUGGUGAAGGAGGGAUGUUCUACAGUAGAUGUGAUCAAAAAUGUUAUCAAAACCACAGAGCAGAAAUACAAAGAGUGGAAGGAAGGGGGUCUCAAGAUUCGCAGGCGGGAUGGGAACGAUUUCGACGUUCGUGAUUCAGCGGAGAAAAUUCUCCAUUGUGCGUUCCAGGCCAGAGACCUUAUUUCAAAGGCAGUUUCCCUUGAUCCUACCGGACAUGCAUCUGCUGCAUGGUCAAUUGUUUCAGUAGGAUUGACGAUGAUCCAAAAUGACAUUCAACGUCGAGACGCUGUUUUCGCAGCAUCGGAGUACCUCGCUGACACGCUGGCCUAUUAUACCUCGAUUGAUGCGCAUCAUCGAGACCAGAACGUCGAUAGCGACCAAAACCUUGAUAAUGCUCUUCUUGGGGUCUAUUCGGCAAUUCUAGACUAUUCCGCUGAGGUGAAUAAGGUGCGGGAGCAGAACGCUAUCGUUCGCGUAGGCAUGAGCAUCAAUGCAAUUGCCGACCAGCCACUCGAACAGCUCAAAGCAAGUGUCAAGGAGAAGGGCCAGAGUGCGGACAACUGGGCAUACCUGAGCGAUAGUCGCCACAAUCGAAAGAAAGCGGAGGAUACUCUCGCCAAGAUCGAUCAGUCCAUUGCCAUCAACAAGCACAUUGAAUCUAAAGUGUUGACUGCGGAGGAGGAAAGAAUCCUGGAAUGGAUCUCGACGGCAGACUAUUCCAGAAUCCAGAAAGAAACGCAGGAAUUCAGAAACCCCAAUACCCAUAACUGGUUUCUUACUUCAAACCAAUACCAGGACUGGAAAGAUUCACCAGGACACAUCCUAUGGCUUUGUGGAAUAGUGGGAUGUGGAAAAUCCGUUCUCUGUUCUACCGUCAUACAAGACAUUAAAAGCCUCUGCGAGGAAAGCUCAAGAAGCUCCUUUGCAUACUGGUAUUUUCAGUUCAGCAAUGAAAAGACACGGAGCGUUGAAAACAUGGUCAGGUCUUUAAUCCGACAGUUCAGCCAGAAGCCACUGGCGCAGUCAACUCCUGGUGAAAUGUUUCUCGUGCUGGAUGCAUUGGAUGAGUGUCCCGAGCGGUCGGGCCGCAAUGAGAGAAAGGUACUACUAUCACUCCUAGCAGGCCUUAACGAGAGUCAUAGAAAUAAGCUUCACAUUCUUGCGACGAGCAGGCCAGAGCAAGAUAUUCGUGCAACACUGGAGAGAUUUCCCACCGUUGAUUUGGAAGCCCAGCUAUCAGAGGAUGUCGAAACAUUUGUCCGCACUGAGGUUAACAAUGGCCGUCUACGAGAUUUCGAGGAAAGUAAAAGAGCUCGAGCCCUUGAUCAGUUGCUGCGCACCCGAGACCGGCGUUUCCGCUGGGCUGAUUUACAACUCACUCGACUGGCAGGCUGCCAUACAGACCUGCAGAUAGAACAUGCGCUACGAACCAUUCCUGAAACACUUGAAGAGACGUACCGGGGGGUACUUGACAGAGUUGAGGGAAAGGAUAUAAACAUAGCACGCGAAAUCCUUCUUUUGCUGUGCCUCGCUCCUGUGCCGUUGGACAUACGGGCCAUCGCAGACGCGGUGUCAUUGCGAUCCCCUGAUAUGGUUGUUAAGAUCUGUACAACCGCUCUUGUCAUUGUCAGCACGGACGGUGAGAUUAGACUUGCACAUUUCUCUGUCAAAGAAUAUCUGGUGGUCUCAGAGAAUUUUGACCGAUACCGGUUCUCGGAAACCAAAGGCCACCACGAGCUGGCCAUAAAGACGAUCAACCUACUUCUUUCGAAGAAUGAGACGCUGGCAGCUGAGGUCGCUAUGGCGCAGCCCUUCCUCGUCUAUGCAGCAAAACACUGGGGCACUCAUGUUGGCGCUGCUGGGGACGUGCUAGACAUACAAGGGUUGAUCGACCGUCUCUUUACUGAGCCUAAGACCUACUUCAAUUGGCUGCGUAUAGCUGAAGAUGGGGGGUAUUCCACCAGUAAUCCUUGGCACAAGGUGCCUGAAGAGUGCGAGCAACCAAUCUAUCGUGCCUCCAGCAUGGGGCUAGCAUACACUGUGGAAACAUUGUUCGACCAGGGUUCGGAUCCUUUGGAGCCCUCUGAAGGUAAAUGGGGUAAUGCAUUGACUGUCGCCGCGAGAAAUGGACAUUUUGAUAUUGUGGAAUUCCUGUUGGGCAAAGACAUUACAGUCAACAAGCGAUCAGUCAUGGACAUGAUGUCCCAUAUUGAUCAUAAAAAUCAUGGCAAAGCAAAAUUGGAAACAAUCGUGAACAUAAUCUGGGACUUGGGCUUGCUUUUUGAUGAAUCCAAGACACCCGACAAGAUUAUUGACGAGGAAAUAAUCAGUAAUGUAAUGAUAAAUUCUUGUGCACUUGGGUUAAUGAGGCUCCUUCUUGAUCGGCGACAUGAGGCCUCUAUUCCUAUCACUGAUGAGGUGCUAUGCGAUGCGAUAGUCCUCUGUGGUAAAGAGAUGAUUGAAGUGCUUCUUGAGACAUGCAGUGAGGAUAUACACAUCGGCCCUUCCUUCUUUGUCAAGUUGGAAAAAAGGUACUGCUUUGACUAUACAAACUAUGGCGGACUCGAUGUUGUUUUAGUGAACAGGGCGACUGAGCUCGCCGUGGACGACUGUAGCGUCGCAUGCUGGGCUCAUAAUGCAAGCUCGAAAGCUAUGGGGUUAAUGUUACGGACCCAUCCAGAUAUCCGAGUGAUUGGAGAGACGCUAAUAGCAGCGGCCUCCAAUCGGUUCGGGGCAGACAUGAUUCGUUUGCUUUUCGAUAAGCGAGAGCCAGACACGCAGAUUAGCGAGAGAUUACUUCUUGCCGCAGCAGCGAACCAUAAAUGCCCAGAGAUCCUGAGCUUUAAAGUCCUGAUUGAGGAAAUUAGCCCGGAUGCUCCGUUGUCCGAGAAGGUAAGCGAAGAUGUUGUCCGGAAGGGACUGGCGAUGGUAAGGCUGGUUAUAGAUAAACAGCAGGCGGGCUUCGUCGUGUCCGAGAAAAUGAUGAAGAUAGCCGCUGCUUCAUGGGAAGACGAUUCGGUAGAAUUGCUGCAACUGCUCAUGACUAACGGCGGUGCAGAGGUUCCAAUAACCGAGGCUAUUAUAUGCGCGGCAGCCGGGAAUAGAUUCCGUGGUGCCUCCAUCAUGGAGUAUUUAUUUCAGGUCCAGGAAGAUUCCCUUCCCAUCACGGAGAAUGUCCUCAUCGCAGCAGUGAAAAGUCCACAGACACUUGAAAUAAUUCUGAACAGAUGUCCAGAGGCAAGGAUCACAGAUAGUGUGUUUGUAGCGGCGUACCUAGCAAAAGACGCAAUGCUGGUGCUUCUUUCGAAACCUCACAAUGGUUUGCCAGUCGAAGCUAUCAUGACUAGGAUUAAAACAAACCGUUUUGGAACAUCUGAAGUGUUGAGGUUACUUGUCGAUCGUAAUCUGGUGGAUGUUGAUGCAUGGACGGUGGAAGCGGUUGCCUCCAACCCUGAAAAUCUGGAGGUUCUGCUGAGUAAAAAGCCGGAUGUCCUCAUCACGCAGAAAGCUCUUGUACGGGCAACAGACGACCUUCGUUCAGUACGCCUACUACUAAAAGCGGAAAAGAACCAUGACCUUGUUACAGAAGAGGUAAUGAUGGCCGCAGCAAAGCACAAAGCAAAGAUAAUGAGAUCCAUCUUGCAUCGUGUGGAAUCUGUGCCGCUCACAGCAAAUGUACUUAAAAAGGCUCUGUGUCAUCGGAAAACAGACACAGUAAAACUUAUUCUCGCUCAACGUCCAGAUCUGAACCUAAAAGCAAGUUUGGAGGAGAUUUGGCACGAUGUUGAUAUGCCAGGUCGGGAGAAAGGACAUGCGGUCGUGGUUGUUGGAGAACUUACAGACUUCGAAGUGACGGAGUCUCUUCUGCAGGACUUUGACCGUCUGAUUUCCACGCUUUGCUUUUAUCAUGCACCGAUUCCCGCGACCGAAGGAGUGGGAGUGAUUGUCCUAGAGAGAUGUCACCAUGAAGUUGCUGAGAGUUUUUUGCAGUACUACCCAGAGAUCCCGAUCACGGACACGCUGCUUCAAGCCGUGGAGCGGAAUCCAAGGGCGGAUAAAGAGGCGUUGCGAUCACUGCUCGCUGGCAAGAGGGGCUCAGCUUGA